AUGGAUAAAUACGUGACUGGGUUGAAAAGAAAAUUUAAUGAAGCAGAAGAAGAGGGUGGUGAAAAUAAUGGAAAUGUUUCUUCACAAAAUAGUAAAACUAAACAUAGAAAAUAUGAUCCAAUGUACUUAUCAUUGGGAUUUACAUAUAAGAUCAUUAAUGGUCAAGAACGACCAAUGUGUUUGCUGCGUAUGAAUACUUUGGCCUCAGAUAGCAUGGAACCAAGUAAAUUAAAACGACAUCUGGAAAAAGUGCACGCCGAUCAUGUUGGCAAAACAAAAGAAUUUUUCCAAAGAAAAUUAGAUAACUUAAAUAAACAGAAAGAAUCGUUUUCAAAAGCUUUGUCUGUAUCACAAAAAGCGUUACUUGCGUCAUACAAAGUUUCGUAUAGAAUUGCUAAAUGCAAAAAACCCCAUUCAAUAGGAGAAACUUUAGUAGUACCAGCAGCUAUUGACAUAAUAGCUACGAUGUUUGGUGAAUCAUAUGCUGAUCAAAUUAAAAGCAUUCCGCUGGCAGAUAAUACGGUGGGAAGACGGAUAUCAGAUAUAUCUGAUGAUCUUUGCGAUCAGUUGAUAGAAAAAAUUAAAUUAUCUUCUUUCGCGUUGCAAGUAGAUGAGGCUACCGAUGUUGCUAAGGAUGCACACUUAAUAACAUAUAUAAGAUAUGUUAUGGAAAAUGAUAUUAGAGAAGAGUUGUUAUUCUGUAAGGCAAUUGAAGGCAAAGCUACGGCGAGUGAAAUUUUUAAUAUGAUUGAUAACUUUUUUAUUGAAAAUGGUAUUUUAUGGGAGAACUGUGUUGGACUGUGCACGCAUGGAGCUCCAUCUAUGGCAGGAAAAAAUGCUGGUCUGCAGGCCCUAGUUCGAAAAGUGGCUCCUCGUGCAGUUUGGACGCAUUGUAUGAUUCAUAGGCAAUCUCUUGUUGCAAGAAAUAUGGGUGAAGAAUUACUUGAAGUAUUUGAAAUUAUAAUAAGUGUUGUUAAUUUUAUCAAAAAUAGUCCAUUAAGAGAAAGGCUUUUUGGAAAAUUGUGUGAUGACAUGGGUUCAGAAUACAAAGCACUACUUUAUUAUUGUGAAGCACGUUGGCUUUCUCGUGCUAAAGUACUUCAAACUUUGAAGUUCAAAGGGUGUUUGAGCUCAAAAAAGAAAUUGCCAUUUUUCUUGCUGAUAAUAAAAGAGAUGAAGCAGACAUAUUUUAUGACACGAAGUUUCUCGCAAAACUUGCGUAUCUAG